AUGGAGGGCCAACGACAGCAGUAUAUACCGGCACCCCCACCGCCCCCCUCGAUGGUCUCGGGGCCUCAAACGCAUCUUCUAUCUCUGCCUCCACCUCCUCCUCGGCUUCCUCCGGUGCAAGCCCCAAGUAUGAUACCCCCGCCUCCUCCGGGUCCGCCUCCGGGUCCGCCUCCAGGCACUGGGUAUAGCAUCGCAUCAGGAUGGCAGCAGACUUGGGCAAGACCGCCGCUUCCCCAGGGGUUUCCUCCCCCCCCUCCUCCACCACCACCUCCUCCUCUUCUUCCAAACCAGUCAGGGAAUCCCCAUCUGGCGUUCAGCCGCCAACCAGCACCUCUCUCCAUUCCACCGCCUCCCCCACCUAGCGAGACGCAGCCUCUGACUUCCGCCACUUAUAUCCCGGGUGGCGAGUCUUUUGGACCGGGUGUUGGCAUACCUCCAUUGUUUGAUUCAUAUUCUCGCCCAUACGAUGCCUACGGAAAUUUCGUGGGAGCUGACCGACAACGCAACCCUUCCAACCACUCGUAUGAGCAUGCGGGCGUGGAUAACUCUCAAUACAGAAAGGAAGGAAGUUUCCCGCAAACACCAUCCACUCGCAACAUUCCUGCCGCUCUAGCGAUCCAUGAAAACGCGCAUGAAGUGGUAUCGCCUGGUCUGCCGACGGCAACGCUGCAAAACCCACAACCGCAAGCGACGAACCAUGGCAAUGAUCUGUCCAAGUCGCCCAGUCACCGUCAUAAUGCUAGCAGCACUUCACUAGGCGGCAUGUCUCCGGGCGAGGCUGCCAUCCAAUGGCCACUAGAUCGAGUGCUGCUUUGGCUGGCAAGGAAUUCGUUUUCCCGGGACUGGCAAGAGACCUUCAAAACCCUGGAGCUACAAGGUGCCGAUUUCCUUGAACUCGGUCAUGGAUCCAAUGGCCGAGGAAACCUCCAAAAAAUGCACAACGUUUUGUAUCCACAAUUGAUGAAGGAGUGCACAUCCAGCGGAACAGGCUGGGACCAAGCCCGGGAGCGUGAAGAAGGAAAACGUAUGCGCAAGUUGAUCCGUCUGAUCCAUGAUGACCAUGAUUUUGGCAUUCCCAUACAGAAGCGACGCGAAUCCCUGCCGCUGGCGGCAAGUGCUCCCUCUGAUACUGGUUCGGAAUUCUCCCCCCAUCUUGGAUUUGAACCACUUUCUGCGAACUCUGCCACAGGGAACGUUGAGAACAGUCCGAAACCAGCAAGCGCCAACCUCAAGGCACCAAAUUCUGGCUUCACAAACAGGCAAAGUGUGCAGAUGCGCUCGGUCACCCUCCCGAUCCCAACAAGUCACGAUUCUGCACGCGAUCCUCAACCCGCCGAUUCCACAGCAGCAGCGUGGCCUCGCUCGGAACACUCCCGGGCCGCCUUGGCUUCCAUUGUCGGUGACCACCGAAGACAGAGUCCCUCCGUUUCAAGUGACAGCGGCCCUUUGGCUGGCCCUUCUAUCCGCCCGUUCGAAGAAAGCCCUCAAAGUGGCAGUCCUUCCCUGCAGCCUGCUGCUCUGGCCCACCCGGGCCUGACCUCGUCAUCCACAGGCGAUUUGACCCUGAAAUACGAACACACUCGUGGCAACAGUUCGGAUUCGAUAACGGGCACAAGCCGCGGGCCCCCUUCUGCGGGGGCCCGGUAUUAUGAGACUCGAAGACCUGGGCAAGAUCUCACUCGUCCUUCUCCGCAAGACCAAUUUUCCCGACAGUUUGGCGGUGAUGCUCAUGGGUAUCUACCCAAGGAGCAUAGCAAAGGCUUCCUCAACCUGUUCAAAAAGAAGACCAAGGCAUCAGACUCAAGUCACCCUUCACCAGAGGAACAAUCUCUUGAGUCUCCCACAAGUCCAGUCAACACACGUCAGAAUGGGCAUCAUCUGCCAUUUAUGAAGCCAGGUUACAAUACAAGCGAUCUGUCAAUAGGAGAGCGUCCCUCAUCUUCCUCCCUGUCAGAUCUGGAAAAGACGGCUAUUCGCUCGAAGGUCGCACAGAAGGGAAAGAAAUGGACAUUUGUGACCACAGAUGGAUGGAACUAUCGCCUAGUGGACAUUACAGAUAAUGACUCGGUCGAGUCCCUGCGUUCCACAAUCUGCCAAACUUUGGGAAUCCUCGAUUGGACGAACGCUCAGAUAUUCACCACCGAACCUGGGCAAACUGACCAUGAGGAGCCUUUGAAUGACUCGAUGCUCGCUCAUUAUCGGCGUUCAAAAUCGGACGCGGUUGGAUCCUUGAAGCUUUUUGUACGCGGGACCUCGUCGUCAUCCCACUUUACUGGCCUUGGCGUCUCUAUCCCCUCAGAGAAGACCGCGGCUUCCCCCAUAAUAGGGCCACACCAACUGCAUCGAAAGCCAUUGGAUGAAGAAGCCCUCACUCGGAUCUCGCCACUCACCCAAGGAAGACCUGCCUCCCCCCCCUUGGGCUCUCGGCAGACCACCCUCAAAGCCUCUACUGCCAAGUCGAUCUCGCGCGACACUUCGCAAAGCUCUCUUACAACUCCGACGAUGGAUGGAACGCCAAGUUCCUCACAAUUCUCCGGUACUGCCGAGAAGACAGAUGUCAUCAGCCGGCACGAGUAUAUGCGCGAGGUUGAGCGGAAAGAAAUGGCAUUUCAUCUAUCGAAACAGCAAGCCGGGCAAUCACCAAGAAAGGACACUUAUGGAGUCACUGGAUACCGGCGUGAAGGUGUAAUUGACUUUGACUCUCGCCGCAUCUCUCCUUAUGAAGACAAGAGAGCUGACAACCUCGUGCCCCUCCGCAAACCCCCAUUGGCACCAGCCGAGUCGAAUACACUAACCAAAGUCAAUUCUCUCAGCAAGAGGAAUAUUGACCGCACGCGGGGUCAGCCGACAAUACAGACGCACGGACUGGGAGCGACGCUGGCUACUAUGGCUAGAAUUACAAGCGCAAUUGGUACACCCUCACCCUCGGUGCCAGUUCUACCCGCCUUACCUGCCUUUUCGGAUCAAUCCAGUAAGAGUACAGCCGAUGGUUUGAAAACCUCGCAAAGUCUUUCUGGAGAGCAAGUCGCACAGUCUUCGGAAGAAGAGCCGUCAUUCAGCAAAGCGCAGGCUCGGAAAUCAUAUGGACCGGAAUUUGAUUUCCAGGAAUCAACAGUUUCCUUUUCGAAAUCACCAGGACUGAUAGAGGAGUCUGAUGAAGAUUCAGACGACGGGUUAUUCGCCAUUCCAUUGGCAAACAGCCAGAAGGUCCCAGACGCUCAACCGCCCAAUGCCCAAUCUUCGCACGGGAGCCUCAAGAAAACGGAAAAACCAUCCCUGACGCUGGACACAGAGACCAGACUGCGGAAGGGAUUGUCGGUCAGCUUCACGUCUCCUGGCGCACUUGGUGACUCCUCUUCCGGCCCAGCUUCCCAACAAUCCAGCGGAGAAGAGGACUAUAUCAAGGUCGCUCUGGCCACUGCAGACCGACCACCCGAGACCCCCGAAAGGAAGAAAUCAAAGUACCGCAGGGAUUCCUUUGCUCGCGGUGAUGUCUGGGCCAGUCGUCCCCCAGUUGAAGGUGUCAUCGACAACCUAGACGACUUCUUCCCUGACGUUGAUCUCGAUGCUCCUUACUUCCAAGGACAUGGAGUAUCACCGCCCUCUUCACCAGCGGGUAAAGCCCCUGUUGAUAAUGAUACCAUUCCACGAACGAAUUCAGAGCUUCCCCCUUAUCCUGGGCCAUCCAGUUACAGCAAAUCCGAUACCCUUGGCUCUGACGAGUCGACUUUGAAGGCGAAAGAGGCUGGGUUCGUCGCUCGGCGCAACAUCAACCGCUCCGGGGGGCUCUCACGUAUGAAGUCGAUUCGAGAGGUCGCCAAGGGUGCGAACCAGUUCCAUAGAAACCGCAGUGUCGCUUCGGUUGGAAAUCAGCGAUCUGGAGACAUCUUGCGUCGGAAGAGCACCAAGAUGUUCGGUGCUAAAAUCAUGCAAAUCAGCCCUAAACCAGGUAGUCGAUUGAGCCAACUUGAUCCUAUUCCGCAGCAACCGGAACCAACGGGCAGCAAGUUGCAAAGACAGGCCACUUUCCGUAUCAUUCGUGGUCAGCUUAUUGGUAAAGGAACGUACGGUAGAGUCUACCUGGGCAUUAACGCGGACAAUGGUGAGGUUUUGGCCGUCAAGCAGGUGGAGAUCAACACCCGGCUUGCUGGACAAGACACGGACCGCAUCAAGGAAAUGGUCGCUGCUCUGGAUCAAGAGAUCGACACCAUGCAGCAUCUCGAACAUCCCAAUAUUGUGCAGUAUCUAGGAUUUGAACGAGGGGAGUUCUCCAUCUCCAUCUACCUCGAGUAUAUCUCUGGUGGUUCGAUCGGCAGUUGUCUUCGCAAACACGGCAAAUUCGAGGAGAGCGUGGUUCAAUCCCUCACGCGACAGACGUUGAGCGGACUUGCAUACCUUCAUGACUCGGGAAUCUUACACCGGGAUCUCAAGGCCGAUAACAUCCUCUUGGACUUGGAUGGGACUUGCAAAAUCUCUGACUUUGGAAUCUCCAAGAAGACCGACGACAUUUAUGGCAACGACUCGUCCAACUCGAUGCAAGGCUCGGUGUUCUGGAUGGCACCAGAGGUCAUCCAAUCGCAGGGCAAAGGGUACAGUGCUAAAGUCGACAUCUGGUCUCUGGGCUGCGUGGUGCUAGAGAUGUUUGCCGGUCGUCGUCCGUGGAGCAAGGAAGAGGCAAUCGGCGCCAUCUUCAAGCUUGGGAGUUUGAACCAGGCACCGCCCAUCCCCGACGACGUCUCAAUGAAUAUCAGCCCCGCGGCUUUGGCCUUUAUGUGGGACUGCUUUACAGUAUCUAAUCAAUCGUGUUACAGUGACUCGCGCGACCGACCCACGGCAGAGACUCUACUGACUCACCCCUUCUGCGAACCUGAUCCCAAAUAUAAUUUCCUCAACACGGAACUCUAUGCCAAGAUUCGCCAUGUGCUGUGA